AUGCGGAAUUUAGCGACGCAGUAUGGAGCUCACGUCACUAUGGUGGUUCAUCCAGUUAAGACUGAUGGAGACGGCGACCUCGAUAUACUUCAUCUCGGUGGCUCCUGUAGUGUGACACAGGAAGCCGAUAAUGUGCUGACCAUUCAAAGGAGACGUGAUGACCGCGAUCGAGGCAAGAUCAGGAAAUUUCUUUAUAUUUCAAAGAACCGAUAUGGUGGCCGUAAGGUUGAGAUCGACCAGCUGGAGAUGGUUUUUCAACCAACCACCUACUCUCAUACUAUGAUUGAUCAUUCAGCCAAGAAUUGA